AUGUCUGCCGCCCGCAUUUUGCACUGGUUCGAGUCUCAGCUCGACAACACCAACAUCGGCAACAACGGCUGGAACUUCCAGGUGGCCAAGGCGGUCGCGGCCAACUCGGCGGCUCCCACGUACAACCUGGUUUGGCAGUCGCGGGCGCUCGCUCCCAGCACCACCCUCUCGUGGAAGGUGGAGUAUGCGCUAGGCUGGACGGCGACGGUGCCCGGCCAGGGCGUGCAGGUGCAGAUCCAGGGCAACUGGCAGCCGUGCAACAAGGGCGAGUCCUUCGACAUCAACUCGCGCGGCUACUGGGAGCCGUCGAAGGGCCCCGCCAACCCCGACAACGCGGGCUGGCUCCAGGUCGGUAACGUCGACUACGCCUACCCGGGGGUGCUCGGCCUGCACAUUGUCGUGGGCAUGCGCAACGCCCAGACCAACAUGUUUGAGCCCAUCUUCAUCGACAAGGCCGCCCUGGGCCCCGGCAGCUCGGCACGCUACCAGCCGCAGGAAACGGUCAGCUGGUGGCUCGAGGGUGGCAACCUCACGGGCCAGGUCUUCACCCACACCCAGUCGCGCUCGGCCUCGCAGGACUUCACCAAUCCGAGCGACCCUCUGACCGGCGCGUUUGAGUGGUCGACCUCCUUCCUCACCGUCAGCAGCACGUGGAUCACCGCCGCCGGCCGCCCGCCCCAGGCGCUCUGGACCCCGCCGCCCUCGGCCGCGGCCGCGCUGGAUGGCCUGAGCCUGGGAGGCCCGCCGCCGGUGGAGCUGCAGCUCGACUACGCCAGCUGGAUAGUCACCUUUACCAUCCCCCUGGCGGGCGCCGCGAUCGCCGCCGCCGCGAGUGCGCUGUACGCCAAGCUCAAGGACCGCUUCAAGAAGCUGGAGGUCACGGUCUACGGCAAGGACGGCUCCAAACUCCACGUCGAGUACGAGUUCGGCAGCGGCAUGGGCGCCAACCCGGGCACCGUCGGCUUCCUGGGCAUCCCGAAGGGCGCUGUCGGCGGCCCCGCCGACGCCAUCGAGAAGGCGCUCGCCGCGAUGAAGGCCAGCGGCGAGAUCCCCGCCGACGAGACCUGGACCGUGACGGCGUCUCCUACAUUGCUCUCGGACGACCCCUCGCCCUCCGCCGCCGCCGCGUACCCUGGCAACUUUGCCUUCCGCUUCCCCGACGGCGUCAAUGGACACCAGCAGCAGCAGCAGAACAUUGUCUCCAAGUCGCCCUACGCCCAGGCCGCCUACUCUGGAGGUGCGGUGGUGGCGUAA